AAGGCUCUUGAUAUUGCUUCAUACGUGUUGUAAUGUUCUGAGUCAGGAGCGGAUGGCUCAAGACCGACCAUACGUGGCGACGAGUCACACCCUGCGAGAGGUGCCCCUGCUUUUACUGAAUAUGGCGGAUCUAGAGAGGACAACUCGAUAAAACCCGUAAUUCCGAGUGUCAUCCGUACCGUGCUUAUGGGAUGAAUGGCACUACGUAAGUGUGUCUUAUAACGGUGGCCUCCAGAUACCUGGCGCCCUCUGGUUGUAAGAAGUCUUGCUCGGGAUAUUGGGGGCUAUGUCCCAGCUGACAUCCCUUCCCCCAUACUCGUGGGACACACAUGAAUAGUAAAAAUAUAAAUCAAAAGCCAGAAGGAGCUGCACAGCUCCAAACAAUGGCCAAUGCUGGCCUUUCGACUUCUGUCGAAACAGAAACCAUCGCUACGGAACUACCGGGGGCGCAUAGUCCCUCGUACGACGUAGAGAUGGUGGAUACUAGCGUGAGACAGGAUGCAAGUCCCGUCAGAACGCUAUCUGAUAUCUCGCCGGAGGAUGAGCAGAAGUUGCUUGCCUCUCCGGUGAACAACCCACCUCACCAAGCUCGAGAGCGGGAGCGGCUUAGCGGAGCCGGUCGGAAACGCCUCAAGCGGUACAUAGAAAGGGGAAUGAGCUAUGAGCAGGCUAGAGAAAAAGCCAAAGAACCCGUUGGCCCACCACGGAGGGAAAAGAAAACUCUCCAAAAAAGACCUAGGUCUGAUAGCUCUACCCCGCAGAGGCGAUCCCCGAAGAAAUUCGCCAAAUCCAGUGAGGGAUCUGCAGGGGGCAGGCCAGGUGGGACUGCAUCUGUGCCCACCGGGGAGGCAACUGUGCCGCAUGCACCUGCAGAUUGUCGCGGAGAGCCGGUUUCAUUUAGGGAUGCACUAUGCGGAGUGAAGCUGGGCUUAGUCCCAGAGGACUAUCCAACCACAGUGUGGUCAACGGAUGAGCUCAAAGCUAUCCAAAAUGCCAUCCUCAGGGCGGUCAGGAGCAACACAGUUAGCGCUGUAAAGCCUAUCUUCAAGGGUUGCACCUUCCACUCGGGAUGGCUAUCCAUCAGUUGCAGAGAUGCUGCGACCGCGGGGUGGAUACGGAACACUGUUCCAAAGCUGGCACCAUGGAAGGGGGCGAAGAUGAAAGUGGUCGAGGAGGCAGAAACACCUCGCCGCAUCAUUCUUGUGGGACUCUUCCCAGAGCUGGACAGCUCUGCCAGUGAGGAUGCGCUCAGUCUGCUUCAGGCACAGAAUGACGGCCUGAGAAUUCCGGACUGGCGCAUUCUGAAUCGAGUACGCAGGUCAACAAUGGCGGAAAUCACCAUUGCAGUUGACCCGCUAUCAGCGGACACGCUAAAGCACCGCGGGAACGUGGUAAACUAUGGCUUUGGCGUAGUAAAACUUAGGGAGAAAGUCAAACCGUCGAUGCCCGUGGUAGACAAAGAUGCCGCCGACACCGAAUACCCUAACUCGGAGGAGCAACCUUGCUGCUCCAAAGACGUCAUCGUAGCUCCCAGGCAGCUACCCAAUGACACGCAAGUGCAGCAGAAGUCAUCGGAGGUUGGCACAGAGCUACACGUAGCAUACAAAGCUCCAACAACGCCUCCGAAAACAGCAACAACAACAUGCCCGACCCUACAACAGGUGCUGGAAGAAGCCCAAAAAGGCGUUGGACCCAUCGCAUCCCCAAAGCCUGCAAAACGGCCACCACUACGUGGCAGCUCCAAAGCGGCUAUGUCCAGCCGCAAAGGCAAGGGAGAUGCAAGGACGGCCGAAGAAGCGGUCUUGCUGAAGGGCAACAGGGGGAAGAAGGUGGCUGCUCGCGGCCGAAAAGACCGCAAGUAAUGGCACCUCACCCCAAAAACUCCACAAAUCUGAGGCACAUUAAAUGCCUCCAAGUGAACCUUCACCACGCGAAAGCAGCAUCAGAUGUUUUACAUAGGAGGUUCACAAACGAAGGCUUAGGUGUAGCCUUCAUCCAGGAACCCUGGAUAUUAAGAGGUGACGUCAAAGGCCUUAAUAUAAAGGACGUUCAUUACGGCAGAUCUCGUUGCGGUAUGGGCCAAAAUUCCUACUCCUAGGGGGGUGCAAGAGGCAGUACUUGCCUCCGCGUACUUCCCGGGUGAGGAGGAGAUAGCCCCGACACCUGAGGUAAAGGCGCUUACGGAUCACUGCCGGCAGAGUGGUAUACCCUGGAUCCUCUGCUGUGAUGCAAAUGCCCAUAGCACUGUCUGGGGGAGCACCGACACCAACAAAAGGGGUGAGUACCUCCUUGAGUUUAUAAGUAGUUAUAAUAUAAGUAUUAUAAACCAUGGCAAUGAACCAACGUUCAGGAACGCUAUUAGAGGGGAAGUCUUAGAUCUUACUCUAAGUAGUCAGAACAUGGCAGCGUCUGUCACAAACUGGCGCGUCUCAGGGGAGGUAUCAAUGUCGGACCAUAUGCACAUAGAAUUCGACAUUGGCCACUUUCCUGAGCAUGAACUAGUUUUUAGAAAUCCCAGAAAAACGAACUGGGAAUUCUUUCGCUUUAUCAUGGAAGAAGGUGGAAACAGCCAUGGUGGUCAAAUUACGACUGCGCACGAGCUUGAAACUGAAGCUGAACAGCUUCAUUCAGACAUUGGAAUAGCUUUCAAUAGUAGCUGUCCCCAAGGAAAGGUAAAAUCCAAACGUGAUGUGCCUUGGUGGAGCAAGAAGCUUGAGCAAAUGAGAUGCCAAGCCAGAAAACUAUUCAAUAGAGCAAAGAAUACGGGUGAUUGGAAUCCGUACAAACUUGCACUAACUUCUUACAACAAAGAAUUGCGGAAAUCCAAAAGAGCUAGCUGGCGAAACCACUGCGAGGAAAUAAAGAGCCUCCCAGAGGCAGUACGCCUCCAAAAAGCUCUAAAUAGGGAACACAAAAAUACGAUCGGCACUCUAAAGAAACCAGAUGGUAGUUAUACUCAGCAUCCGGGAGAGACUUGCAGACUUCUGCUAGACACUCACUUCCCGGGCUGCAAAGCGGGCUAUUAUCUACCGGAAUUGGGUGUCCCAGCACGCACUUCUGGUAGAGAGCAAAGCCUUGCAACUAAACUUACCACGGUAGAAAGAGUGCAAUGGGCGAUAUCUACCUUCAGCCCAUACAAAUCACCAGGACCAGAUGGGGUCUAUCCUUGUCAACUCCAACAAGGUAGUAACUACAUAGCCCCAGUCCUCUCCAGACUAUACAGAGCGUCGCUCCUACUGGGUCACAUUCCCAGUAGAUGGACUGAGGCUAAGGUGGUAUUUUUACCGAAGGCAGGUAAACCGGAGCAAAUGCCUUCAUCCUACAGACCAAUUAGCCUCAGCUCCUUUCUCCUAAAAGGCAUGGAGAAAAUCUUGGAUCAACAUAUCAGAGAAGUCAACCUAGCGGAACGACCACUGAAUAAGAACCAAUUUGCCUAUCAACCAGGCAAGUCCACUGAGACUGCCAUUCACAGCCUUACAUCGAAAAUCGAAAAGGCUCUGGAGUCUAAGAACAUAGCCCUUUGUGCCUUCAUUGACAUUUCAGGGGCUUUUGACAACACGUCAUACAGGGCAAUAAGAGAUGCCCUGAUAUGCAAGGGAGUGAGCCCCAUCAUAAUAAAUUGGGUGCUUUCUAUGCUAAAAACAAGGAAGAUCAGGAUGGAGCUGGGAGGCACGAAAGAAUCGAUUACAGCCACAAGAGGUUGCCCUCAAGGGGGUGUACUCUCUCCUCUUCUGUGGACUAUGGUUAUAGACGAACUCCUGUUCCUACUGAACGACCAUGGCUUUGAAACACAAGGAUAUGCAGACGAUCUGGUAAUUUGUGUAACAGGGCUGCAUGACGAAACGAUCUCCAACCGCAUGCAACAAGCCCUGCGCAUUACGCAAAGAUGGUGUGACACCAAAGGAUUAUCCAUUAAUCCUACUAAAUCUAUUCUGGUUCCGUUUACCCGGAGGAAAAAGUUAUCCAUGACAGAAUUGACUCUGGGCGGCACUAGAAUAGGGCUCUCAAAUGAAGCAAAAUACCUGGGGGUGUGGCUAGAUAAGACACUCACCUGGAAUGUACAUUUGGAUGCAACCGUAAACAAGGCAAUGAGAGCCUUCUUCGCAUGCAAGCGACUUUACGGGAAGACAUGGGGACUCUCCCCCAAAAUGACUUACUGGUCAUUCAACACAGUUGUGAAGCCGAUAGUCACCUAUGCAUCCUUGGCAUGGUGGACAAAAGCGACACAAAGAACUGCUAGCGCAAAACUAAGCAAACUACACCGAAUGGUGUGCAUUGGUAUAACAGGGGCUAUGCGGACCUGUCCUGCUGAUGCACUUAGUGCUCUUGUAGGCAUACCGCCCUUCCCAAUUCUAAUAGAGAGGGAGGCCAGUCUCUCGGCACUGAGAAUCCUAAACACUUCCGAGUUAAAAACC